UGUAGCUUGUAACGUGGCUUGUAGUCUCUACGAAAUGGCGAGCGCAAGAGGUGUACGAGCUGUCGUUGUCGGAGGAACUGGAGAAUGUGGAAGGCAUAUUCUAGGAGAAAUCAUCUGCUCUCCUGUUUACACUGAAGUGCUAUCGUUGGGGAGAAGAACAACUACUAUUCCUGAAUAUUUCAAAGCUACGGAGUCCGAUUUCAAAAAGCUGAAACAAGAAAUUGUUGAUUUUGAUUUGGAGAAGUUUACGGUAGAGAACUGGAAAUCUUACUUUGAGGGCAAGGAUGUGCUUUUUGUGGCUCUUGGAACUAUCCUUGCCGAAGCUAGACGUCAGCCUGGCAGGACAAUAGAUACUUUGAGACUCGUCGACUUUCAUUUGGUUGCGCGUUCUGCUGAGAUUGCUAAAGCUGCAGGAGUUCGUCACGUGAGCAUGUUGUCAGUAGAUGGAGCGAAUUCAAGUAGCUGGUUUAACUAUUUGAAAGUCAAGGGCGAGGCUGAAGAAGCGGUCGAGGCUCUCGGCUUCGAAAGAACAUCAAUCUGGAGAAUAACAGUUGUUUACAAAAGCCAAAACAGCAGUAUCGUUGAAAAAAUUUCCAGGUUCUUCUUUAAGAGCGUUCGUGUUGAAGACCUAGGAAAGGCUCUAAGGGAAGAGUCGGAGCAGUAUGCUUUAAGAAAAGAUGAUUUCCUCCCAAUUUCUCGAUAUUCAAUGAGGGAUAUUUUCGAGUUUGCGAGGCAGGCAAAAGAAGCCGAGGCUAAGAAGGGAGACAAUGGUGCGACCUUCGAAGGCGACGAGGCUGGUCAGCAACCAGGUUGUGAUCGAUCAAAUAAAGAAAGUGAUUCACUUGGUGACGGAACGACAAAUGAAAAAUACGACAAAGAAGAAGACUAACUAUUGUCUUAUUGACUGAAUGACUAUAGCUACUGAAUGUGCAUGCAUGCAUGUUGUGUUGUUUGCUGCUGGUUUUAGUAUGCAUUUGUGUCGUGUUGUAUUGUGGCUAAACGCGUGCAUUAGAGCUAACCUGCAUGUUAUUGAGCAUAAUUUUAAGAUGCAGGCCGGGUCACGGUCGGACAUGCUUACUG